CUCCGCCUCCUCCACCACCUCGCCGCUUGCUCGUGCCCGAGGGAGAGGGCCCAGCGCGAGAGGCGUCUGAUGGCGACCUAGAGCCUGCCGGCCUGCGGGGGGAGGGGGUGUGUGUGUGGGGACCUACCGCCUUCUCCCCCCCCCACCCCACUACACAUACACCUUCCCCCAAAUCCUUACCCACAUCUACAACUCUUCACACUUGUCCCAGGCCGCCGGAGAGAGCGAGAGCGAGCAGGUUGGAAGCAUUACCAGAAUUUAAUCUACACUAGAUUUUUGUACUUCAAGUCCAGAAUACUGAUCAUCUUACGGUCAUGACACAAUUGUCUCUGGCAUACUAAACCUCACAAGGUUUGACAAAGUAAAGGAAGAUGGUCAGCAAUCAAGUUAUAUUGGAGUCAAGGGCAGCUCCUAAAAAUUUGUUGGAUGAAAUGCACAAACUCCGGAUUUUAUGCUACUUCUGUGAUGUAACUGUGCAGAUUGAGCACCAAGGCAACAAAGAGGAAUUUGUUGCUCACAAAGCUGUGCUGGCAGCUGCCAGCAGUUAUUUCAAGGAACUGUUCCUUAAUGAAAUGGUGAACACUAAGAUUACUAUUGUUACUUUGCAAGACAUUUACACGGCAGACUUUGCCUCUUUUUUGGAUUUUGUAUAUACUGCAAAAGUCGAGGUUGAAGCCGAGAGGGUACAAAGAUUACAGGAGAUUGCAGAGAAAUUGAAGUGCAGGGAACUGGCAGAAGUCUGCAGUCAAGUAAAAUCACAGAUACUUGAGUCAGCUCUAAUGGAUUUGGGCAAUUUGGCUGAUUCCCAGGGAACAGAAGGAAUUAUAGACAAUAAACAGGACAGUCAUUGUGUUUCCCUUUCUCCUCAAAACACAUCAACAAUUCCUUCAAAACCAGACAUUUGCCAAGUGUCCUCUGCCCAAGAUAUUUCUGAUGAAGAGAAAUCUCAUGAUCAAGAUUAUAAGCCGUUGCUACUAACCACUAGAGCCAAAGGCUGGGAAAAGUCAGAAAAAGAGAAGAAAAUGGGUAAAUCGUUUGGUGUAAAGGCCAAACGAGCCAGUGGAAGGCUGGCAGGCCGAAAAGUCUUUUUGGAAAUUCCCAAAAAGAAAUAUACUCGCAAGCUUCGCGAGCAAGAGAAGGUUGAUCAUAAUUUGGAAGAGGAAUCUGAAAAAUUGACCUGUGUAGAAGAUAAUCAAGUCAUUGAAGACCAAGUGAAAAAGGAAACGAUGGCAGAAAUUGUUGAAGAUCCAGAUGAAGAUGAUGGGAUGAUGGAAGGGGACGAUGAUGAAGAUGAAGAGGUAGAGAGUGACAGUGAUUUUGAAUUAGAUGAAGAUACCAAAAAGACACCUGAUGAGAUUGAGAAAAAGAGAAGAGGUGGAAACUUUAAAUGUGACAAAUGUGAGAAAGACUUUCAAUAUGAGAAGAGCUACUUGAAACACAUAGAGCAGAAUCAUGGUGUCACACCUGAAAUAAUUUAUCGCUGUGACACUUGCAAUCAGACUUUUGCUAAUCGCUGUAACUUAAAAAGCCACCAAAGGCAUGUCCAUGUUGAAGAGCGUCGCUUUCCAUGCUCGCUUUGUGGUAAAAAGUUUAAAAGGAAAAAAGAUGUGAAGCGGCAUAACCUUCAGGUUCAUGAGGGUGGUGGAGAGCGUCACUUGUGUUUGCAGUGUGGUAAAGGACUGAGUUCCAAAACUGCUUUGAGACUCCAUGAAAGGACACAUACUGGAGACAAACCUUAUGAGUGCACAGAAUGUCAUGCUAAAUUUUCUCAGCCUUCUGCACUGAAGGUGCACUUGAGGGUCCAUACUGGUGAAAAGCCAUUUGCCUGUGAUGAAUGUGGUGCCAGGUUCACACAGAAUCAUAUGUUAAUAUAUCAUAAGAGAUCUCACACAGGUGAAAGACCAUUUAUGUGUGAAACGUGUGGCAAGAGUUUUGCUUCAAAGGAGUAUCUGAAACAUCACAAUAGAAUCCACACUGGAUCGAAACCAUUUGUUUGUGAGAUCUGCUACAGAGCUUUCGCACAGAGAAAUUCUCUUCAUCAGCACCUUAGAGUUCAUACAGGUGAGAGGCCUUACUGCUGUGACCAGUGUGGAAAGCAGUUUACACAGCUGAAUGCUCUACAACGUCACUAUCGCAUACAUUCAGGAGAGAAACCUUUUAUGUGCAGUGCAUGUGGGAGGACCUUUACUGAUAAAUCUACACUCAGAAGACAUGCUUCAGUUCAUAACAAGAAUGCACCAUGGCAAUCCUUCCUUGUCAUCCUGGAUGAGGGCUCUAAAAAGAGCCAUAUUCAAAGAACAGAUCUACACCCGUUUGUUGAUUGUGAGCAAGUUGCCCCCUCAGAAGCACAAGAAUCAGUGUCUUGUACAGAAAUACUUAAUGACCAAAAUACAAUCACGCUCCAUGGAAAUAUCUCUUCACAUGAACAAAACACAUCUGGUACUUCAGAUUGGAGAUUAUGAGCACUCUUGGAAAAAGAAUCUGAUGGAGCUUCUGGAAUUUGUAAACAACAAUGUGUCCCCUCCAUAAUGGACCAGUUCCUUAUCAAAUUGACCAGGCUUUCAACAACCUUAUUUCAGUUCCAUUAUCUGGCACUUCUAAAAAGAGCUUUGUUAGAAAUUAUUAAUAUAACUCAUUGUAGUGGUAAACUCCAUCUGUUCUUCAAGUUAUCUACCUAUUUAAAAGAUUGUGUUGUACUUUAGAAUGAGAAAGGUAGUCAUUGCUUUUUUUUCUCCUCUUUGGUGAUUGAAGGUUGUCCAUCUCUCUCAGUAGAUAAAUGUCCUUGUGACUUUAUAUAGUAGACCUUGUAACCUUAAAGAGCCAGGUCUCAUUCAACCACAAUACUAGCGGAAUGAUGUACAUCCCAUAAUCUUAUUAUUUUAAAAUUUGGAAUACACUCACUCGUAACCUGUUACAUCUUCCACAUUCCCCUAGAACCAAAAGCUUCUUUCCAGCACCAGAAUUUCCAUAUUUGGGUUAUGGAAGCUUAAAUGCAGGAUUGGGAAAACACUGUUCGAAGCCUAUGCAACCUCUCCAACGGGCAUGUUGUAAGAUGCUAGUGAUGAGAGUUAUCACCUCAUUUAUCUCCAACAGUUGUCCCUUGUGACUUGAGAUUUCUAAAUUUUCAUAUAUUGUUAUUCAUAACAAAACACCAAGUAUUUAUUUAAUUUCUCUGCCAAAUCUCUUUCUUCUACAGUUAAUCAUCCUUCAUUCCUGAGCAGUUAUUCUUCUUAACUCUCAAUGUUUUAUAUGUUUGAAAGCUCUGAAUAUUUUUUAUGCUCCAUCACUUGCAAGUUGUCUUUUUCAAAACAUCUCUUAGCAUUUCUAAUCUCCACUUUCAUCUCAUGAAAAUUGAGGACAGCAAUAAAAUUAAUCACGAGCCUCCCUUUUAAUUUUAAUCUCUAGUAAAAACAAAAACUCUAUUUUUAAUUCGUUCCAUUAAUAUCUACCCAUUUUGAUGUUCAGAUUUCUUACUGCUGUCCGUAGACUUUUGUUAAAAUUUUUGUCCAUAGAAUGUAAGCAAGAUCCUUGACAAAUUUUGCAGUUAUUGUAUUACUCUUGUUUCAAAUGACAAUGGACCUCCUCUUGUAGGUUCAGUAUCACAUCCUUCAUAGUUCCUUACUUGUUAAUCACAUGGGCAUUUUGGCAUUUAUUUUCCAUCCUUAGUUUCCCAUGACAAGGUGAUGGUGAGUUGUGAGUUUGAAUUGCUGCAGUCCACGUGUAACAGAUACACCCAAAGUGCUUUUAGAAUGGGUGUUCCAGGAUUUUCACUCUGAGACAGUGAAGGAACAGGAAUGUGCUUCUAGUUAGGAUGGUAUGUGACUUAAAGCAGAGCCCACACAUGAUGCUCCCAUGCAUCUAUUGCCAUAGUGAAAUGCAACAGUGCAUUCUUUUGAAUAUUUUGCACAUUCACCAAUGUACCACUCAUCCUGACACCAUUAUUUUUGAAUUUUGGUUUGUAUUCUGUUUAGAUGUUUUUCCAAUUUGUUUUUAUUACCCCUUGUCCCAUCUGCACCACUGUCCAUGUAUAAACUCUCUUUAGUUGCAUGCUCCAUCAUAGAUCAUCUGUCUUCACUGCUGCCUCACAGCGCCAGGAAACCGGGUUCAAUUCCACCUUGCCUGUGUGGAGUUUGCACCUUCUCCCUUUGUCUGUGUGGGUUUCCUCUGGGUGCUCUGGUUUGCUACCACAAUCCGAAGACAUGCAGGCUAGGUGGAUUGGCCAUGCUAAAUUGCCCAUAGUGUUCAGGAAUGUGUAGAUUAGUUGGCUUGUAAGGGGAUGGGUCUGGCUGGUAUGACUGAGGGUUGAUGUGGACUUGUUGGGCAGAAGGGCCUGUUUCCACACUGUAGGGAUUCUCUGCUUGUUCUAGAGUUCAGAUAGUGUAUCCAUAGUUGAAAAAAUAUAGUGAAUGUCCUAAUUUGAAGCAGGGAUUAGUAACAUUGCCUUGUCUCACCACAGGUACAUUUUCCACUAGUCGAUUAUGAAAUUGUAAAGAUUGCAGUAAUUUAGUGUUUUUCACGUAAAAUACCCCGCUUCCAGUUUGAGGAUAAUAUAGAACGUGUCUUUCAGCGAAAACGUUUUUGAAAGAACACAUUAUUCUCAGAUGCAAAUAAAAACAGUCGCUCCUGAAUUUAAAUAGCUUUAAUCUAAGUCUCUCAGUCAAAUACAUUUGUUGUCAUAUGAUUGCACUGGAUUAAAUAAUUGUGCACAGUGACAUUUGCAAACUGGUAAUGAUGGGUCAAAUUCUGUACGCCAUAGAGAUGACCUGUGGUGACCUGCACAAACAGCCUGAGUGUUAUGCUACUUGCUACAUCCAAGAUCAUCGCCACAAACCUAACUAUUGCCAGUAGUAUUUUUUUAAAUUUCUUACAACUGUAGGUGAAAUCUACCCAGCAUUGAAGUUAUUUUGCAUCUGAUGCUAAUGGUGUUGCUCAGUUCAUAGGCUAACUUGUUAAGGGAAUCCAGUGGCAGAACUUCAAGAAAAAUAGGGGAGUUUGGAAUGUGGAUUUUUUUGUGUGUAUCUAAAGUGUGCAGAAGGCUUCUCAUCUUUGAUUCCUUCUCAUGACUUUUGAGCUGCAUUUUGGAAAUUGAGAGUUGUAUCUUAAUUUUUGUAAGUUUUUAAUGUUAUUCAAGUUUUAAGUUGACAUGAAGCAUUGAAACUUUUUUGCUGUUGUUCCAUGAUCAGAUAUGUUAAUAGCAAUUUGAAAUAGUAACUGAAUUUUUAAGCAGUACAGUUGAAAGGUCUAUUAAAAGCAUAAUUUUAAAGUUAGACAUGCAACAGUUUCAUUACAGUGUUUUCUUGGUAACUUUUGUUCUGAGAAGGAUUAUAUGCAACUUCCUAAUAAGGAAACCUUUCAGUAGCAUUUGGUGCUAUCAAACAGAGCUGCAGGCCAUAUAUGUCCUCAAAUGCCAAUCUUUUGCUGUAGUUCUGUGCCCUCUCUGCAUGUUUUCUCUCUCUCUCUCUCUCUCUCUCUCUCUCUGCAACCAACCACACUUCUCCCCACAUCCAUAUUCACUAGAAAAAAGAACAAGAUUUAAAGAAAAUAUAUUGGUCUUUAAAAGCAAUUUUGCAGAGCUGUAUUGCUCUGUUAUUCCAUUCCCAUUUGUCUUCUGCUUUACAAAUCUUUCUGAUGACAGAUGCAAGCAAAGAAUUUGAAGCAGAAAAGUAUAUGUUGCACACAUUCUGAGAGGUGGUUAAUGAACGAACAUAGAACCUGUUAAAAUCAGGCUAGAUAACACAUUUGACAUUGCCCUGCUGUCUAUGCAUUCAGGUUUUUAAAAAAAAGUUACAAGUUCAGUCAUCUGACUUUUAACACAAAUUUCCAAAAGCAUCCUAUUUAUUUUAUUUUCAUACUUCAAAUAUGUUAUGGUGUGUAUUUUCAUCAUGUUAAAUCAUGAUUUUGAGUGAAGCAGCAUUGAGUAUUGUUAGUAUUGAUAGUCAAAUGCCUCAGACAAGAAUGUUAUUUAUCUUAGAAAAUAUCAAGUACUAUGUUUAUUUUCUUAUUUUCCUAUGAAAGUGCUUAUACAGGUAGUAAAAUAUAAAUGUAAAUCAGACUUUUUUAAGUUGUGUUUUCCUUUCUUUUAUACGCUCAAAUUUGAACAGCUUGUUAAAGCCUUAUUCAAGUAUUUUGUUUCAAUUAAUAGGGCCUAUCAAAGCAGUAAAUGUGGCAUGAAAAUAUCUACUCGAAUAUUAAGGACAGAAGUUUUGUCUUAAGGUUCCUACAGUCCUUCUAGGAAGAAAUUGUUUCUUGAUUUUAUUUCUGCAUGCCCUAGCUCUCAAGUUUUGACAACUUGUUUUUGAUUCCAGAGAAAGUAGGGUAGAUGUGAAGAACCAUCAUAUAUUGACCAAUCUUCAAAGCUUCACUGUAUCCAUAUUUGUAAAAUUUGAUCCUCGGACCAUUUGUCAUGCUGUGCUACAUUUCUUGCAAGGUUAAUAUAUUGUCUGAGUGGCCAAACUUGAAUGCAGUACUUCAGAUGAGAAAUAUAUCACUGAAGCUAUUCUUUGUAUUCUGGCACUUUUUGAUGUAAAACAUUCCAUCAUCUUUUUGUUUUCUUAAUACUUGUCUACUGUCUUUUAAUAAUUUCUCUGCUUGGACUGGCAAACCUCUUGGCUCCUCUAGUAGUUCUUAUUUCUCACUAAUUGGAAAGCAGUCCGAUAUUUCACAUUAGCCCACAUCAAAUUCAAAUUUUCCAUUAUGUGCAUUCCAUCUGCAUCUUACUCCUCCCAUUUGCACUACGCAACUCUUCCUCAUGCAAACCAUUAAGAAAAAAAUUGUGGUGAAAAGUUGAUUUCACAGAACAGGUACCUGGGAAAUGCUGCUAAGAUCUUGUGAAAGUCCAUACUUUUACUCUCCUCC